AUGCUCUCCGCAACCCCCGCGCGACAGCGCACCUCUUUGUCCCAAUCUCGCCCUCCACCCAGCGUCCGCUCACGAGCCACCCCAAGAUCUACCGCGAGAGCCACCGAAAUCCCCGAAGGCACAGAAGGCCCGGAAGUCCCAGAAUAUCAGAGCCCCGAGGCCCCUCUAUCCAAAGAUGACUAUCACAAUCUUCACCAGCUCCUCGGUAAACAUUCCCUCGAGAUAGUCAAGAAACACAUCCACGAUGCAGGCGUCAAUCUCACCGAAUCAGUCGGCGAAGUGAGCGAUCGGCUCCGUGAUGCGCAAACUCGAUACCAGAAGGGAAAAGAAAAACGGCGAAACGAGGAAGAUGGCCAGGAACUAGACGGGGGCGAGGAUGAAGAGUAUCAACGUCUUGCGGAGCAGGAACGACAAGUGAAUUCUAUUGUGGGCCGUUUGGAGGAAAAGAUGCGCCAUGUCGUUGAUAGCGAGGCCAAGUCUAUUGGGUUGAAAGAUGCGUUGGAGAAGCUUUAUAAGGAGGAAGCACAGAUACAGACUAUUUUGCUCCCCGAGCGACAACUGCGGAGUCGGCAGCGGCCGAUGCGGCGAGUGAACGAUGAAGAUGGAGAUGCUGAAAUGAAUGAAGGUGAAAUGGAUCGAGAGUCUACGCCUGUGCGGGAGGUUCGCGAGCGCAAUACACAGAAUCCGCCUCGUAAGAGGCUGGAUACCUCGCUGGCCGAGGACCAACGAAACUGGGAAGCGUUGUCAUUGACUCAGAGAUACGCCAACAACAAUACUUAUACUGGAUUCUACCGCAUCAUGCACGAUUCCAAGUAUCCCGAUAACGAAGCACCACCCAUGCCACACUCUUCUACAUGGUUCUCGCACAUGGAUGACCACGAUGCUGGCUCCGAUGUAGGCGCCUCCGGUGGCAGUCCCUCAACGCGCCGAACACGGAACCAGCGCCAGCCAUCCCCCGCAGACUCGGACGACGUCGCCAUCGCGCUCGAGCGCAUCUCCUUGGAUUGCCCCCUUACUCUAGUCCGUUUCCGGGAUCCGGUUACUAGCACGAAAUGUCCACACAGCUUCGAGCACGAUGCUAUCAUGGAUAUGAUCUCGCGCUCACGGCCCAUGCCCGGCGGCCCUCCCCGUGUCAAGGCCGUCAAGUGCCCCGUGUGUUCGAUUAUCCUUACUGCAGGAGACCUGGUCCGCGAUACGGCCUUGCAACGUCGGGUACGUCGUGCGGAAGAGCAGGAGGCGCGGCGUGCGGAGGAAAGUGACGAGGAGGACGAGGAUGCACAGCGGAGACUGAACCGGGUGACGUUGGCCAGUGACGCGGUGGAUCCUGAUGAGGAUGCGAUGGAUGUGGAUAGGCCACCUGGGACGCAGAUUAAAUCCGAGCCUGGUCAGAUUAAGGGGAAAAGGCGGAUGAUGGAGUCAGAUGAUGAAGAUGAAGAGGAGGAGGAGGAGGAAGAGGGAGAAGAUGAAACCGAGAGUAGUGGAGACAUUGAAGAAGAUAGCGAUUAA